AUGUCUCAACCGUGUUCUGUCGACGAAUGCAAACGUGCAUCACGCGCAGUGUGUCAUUGUUGUCAACAGAAUGUUUGCAUACCUCAUUUAAAUGAACAUAAUGAUGUAUUAAAUUCUGAAUUAAACCCUCUUGUCGAUGAGAUUAAUAUACUCGGAGAUCGGCUGAAGACUUUUAAUAUAGAAAAGCAUACAUAUAACUGUCGGCAAAAACUCGAGCAAUGGCGUAUCGAUUGUCACGAGAAAAUUGAAUUAGUUUUUGCAGAGAAAUGCCAGGAACUUGAUCGAUUUGCUGCCGAAAAACUAGAGCAACAAGAGCAAGAAAUGGUACGAUUGAAAUUACGAUUAACUGAACUUAUUCGUGAACAAGAAGCAACUCGUCAAGAUAUUAUUAGUUUAACAGCGAAUAUUCAUCAUCUUCAAAAUGAAAUAGACAAAAUUGAUCAGACCUUUAUUCAUAUGAAUAUAGAUCCAUUAGUAAUUAAUGAAAAUUCUAUUCGUAUAAAUGAAAGAAGCUCCAAUGAAUUUGAUCUGUCUACGGUCUCCCCAGCUUGUAAAACAAUUGUUCGCUCCAAUGGAUCAAAUAGAGCAAUUACGAGCAGUGAUAAAUAUUUAUUAUUUCAUGACGUACCUAACCUAUGUUUAGUUGAUCGAAAUUUCAAAUUAGUCAAAAACGCAUUAUGGGUACACGGAAAAAUUCUCGAUAUGUGCUGGUCUUCAGCAACCAAUCAAUUUAUCGUGAUCGAACUGAAUGAUAUUUAUUUUGUCGAUGAAAAAUCCAUGUCGAUUAAUCGUAUAGAAACAAGUAAAAAAAUGAAAUGGGCAUCGUGUACAUGCUCUGAUACAUCUUUUUUUCUGUCAACACGAGUACAUGGCUCAUCGAUUGUAGAAUUCAGUCUAUCCGCUACACCGAAUUUAAUUAGAGAGUGGAAAUGUCCAGACUCAUGUGCGCUAACUGAAGAUAUCACUAGUGCGAAGUACUACAAUGAGAAACUUUUGUUGUUAACGAGAAAUUAUACGAAUAGAACCGUUAGAAUGGAUUUGAAAUCUUCAAUAACAUUUGAUUGCAUUUGGUCAUUUCAACUUGGCAUAAUAUGUGCUCAAGAAAAAGUAAUUCGAUGUUGCUCGCUAAUGAAUGAUGAAUGGCUUAUAGCUGAUUUUGAGAACCAACGUUUAAUACAGAUUGCGAAAGAUGGACAAAUCAAAUCAAUGUUGGCAUACAAUGAAAUUCCUUGGUUUGCUCAUCUGUUCGGCCCGAACAUUUUGGCGGUAUCGGUUAGAAAGUUUGGAUUAAAUUUUCAUAGGAUAUAG